GUGUUGCAUUGUGAUUAAAGUGAAAACCUCAUCUCUUUUUUUAACAGACAAGUCACAAACAAAAAACCAGAGGGAUUUUACGAAAUCCUUUUUAACCAACCAAGCGCCCUUUCUCUCUCCUCCCUCGGAGACCAUUUCCCAGACAAACCCUAGUUUCCGAUCUCCACCGUAAAUGUGGCGGCCGCGGGGCAAAUCGUCGCCGAAUUAUUCACCUUCCUUCUCCUUCAAAGACAUCCACCAUCUCUGCACCGACGAUUACUCCGCUUUCCCUCCAUCUUCUCCCAAGUGCCCCAACCGGGUUUUCCAUCGAGUUCGCCUCGCCAGCUCCGUCCUCCGAUCCUGGCCCUCCCAUCGCAAUCAGCUCCCCUACAUAGAUUCCGAUCCUCCUGAUGUCCGGAUUUCGCUUCCAGGCGCGGAGAACAGCAUCGUCCUCUACUUCACCAGCCUGCGGGUAGUACGGUCGACCUUCGAGGAAUGCAAAGCCGUCAGAUCCAUCCUCCGUGCGUUCCGCGUCCGGAUCGACGAGAGAGAUAUGUCGAUGGACGCGUCUUUCGCCACGGAGCUCAGGCGGAUCUUCGGGGAGGGGAAGGUGCAGAAGCUACCGCGCGUGUUCAUCGGCGGAAGGUACGUAGGCGGAGCGGAGGAGGUGAAGCAGCUGCACGAGAUGGGAGAGCUUAAGAAGCUCGUUCAAGGAUUGCUCCCGGCUGAAUCUGGAGAAUGCGAAGGUUGCGAAGGUCACGGCUUCGUUCCCUGCAACGACUGCCAUGGCAGCCACAAGCUCUACAGUGUCAAGCUAGGGUUCAGAUCAUGCUCCUCUUGCAACGAGAACGGUCUCAUCAGUAUGAUGAAUGGGCCGGUCAAUAUAUCAUAAGACGGCCGUUCGAAUUAGGCCCAUGCGGAUUCGACGUGUGUGGAUUCUAAUCCUCGCAAGAAAAUAACACGUUCGGGCCGACGACAGCUAAAGAUGGGCCUUAUGAAGACAUCCCAGUGUCAAAAAUAUUAAUGACUCGUGUUGUUGUCAACUUGUCAUCCAUUAAAUCGUUAGUCGGAAACAUUUGGUGGAACCCUAAAUUUUGCUGUCGGAUUGAAUAAGCGAUCGAUCGAGGCGGUCUAUCAACCACGCGAUCGUACCUACCCACAUCGCGCUAUCAAAUCUUAUGGCCCUUUCUGUCGAUUUUGCUUCCCGCAUGUCUUGUGAAACUUUUGUAAUAAGUACUAAUCACCCACGUGUCCCCGUAAGAUUGGUUAGACCCUUUGUUGUAA